CUUUCUCGUAUAUGCCUAUGCUCUCACAGUCUCCUCUCUCUGUCUCUCCGGAUAAAUUUGGGUUUGCAUCUAUAGAAAUUGGAUCUGCCAAAAAAUUUAUUGAUUUGUUAGAUAUGGCAUUGGGGGUUAUAGAUUUGAGCUUGAAAUUCGAGGCUUCAUGGGGUUAGGAUUUUGAGGUUGGAAAUUUGGAGCUUCCAGGAAUUACGAUUUUGGGUUGGAAUUUUGGGGGCCUAGUGAUUAUGGUUAAGAGAGCGAGAGAGAGAACAAUCAGCGGCAGAGAAGAGAGUUCUUGUGAUUUUACCUUUUCUUCACAACAAAUCUUUUUCUAUCGUGUUUACUAGAGUACCCACCGUUACCAAGUAUGGAUUUUGAUGCCAAGCUUUGAGGAAGCUAGGACGUUCUAGCUUUCCUAUUGAACCUUCCAAAAGAACAUCACUAAAAUUUUUCUACUAUUAUGGCCAAUCAAUGCACUCAACUUCAUAUGAAUCUUCAUGCAACAUCCGUUUUUUUGGGAAGCUCGUGCAGUUCCUAACCAAGCUUUCAAGAAUGAAAGAGUGGACAUUACAGAGAUCUUCUACACGACCUGGAGAAAAUUAUAUUACCAUUAAAUAAAAAAUAAUAAUAUUUUAAUAAUGUAGAUGAAGAAUGGCUCAAUGAGUGUAGAUUGUAUUUUAUAUAGAUUAGGCAAAGUAGUAAAAGUGAUUAUUUUAGCUAAAUUUUACUAUUAACUUUUCCCAAUCCAAUACCAAUGCUCUUAGUGCUUUCCUCCAUGAAUACUCAAAAACAAAACCCUACACCAUUCCUGCAUCCAAAGUCAAAAAGUGCCAAAAAAGCUUCUAGCAAUCAGUCUAUAAUUGGCCAAUAUAUCUAAAAAAACCAGAUAUCCAGUUACAACCCAUGUAGUCUGGAUAUCUAAGUUUAAAUCCACAGCCAAAACCGGAUACCCGCCUGGAUUUUGAUCGGUUCUACCUGGGCGGAGAUUGGGUUGCUUCUAGAAACCUGUAUACGAACCCGAGUAUUCUGGAUACCUGGAUCCAUACCCGGAUUCCCAGCAUUGUCGUGAUUUCACCAAGAAGGUCUAUGUUGGGAUUCACAUUUCAGGAUUCAGAGACUUCCUGUUGAAACCAGAUCUUAUUUGAGCCAUUGUGGACUCAGGAUUUGAACAUUCAUCUGAAGGUAUCUUUUCAUAGUAUCUCGGAAUGAGCCGAUUACAAGGGCCCUCACCCCUGAAGCGCAAACGGCCAGACUCAAAUACACCUUCUGGGUCUUUGACAGAACAUGAACGUCUCCUCUAUGAUCUGAUCCGAAGCAAGCAAGACAUGGCAAUAUGGACAAGGGACAUGAAACGAGAAACAAACCUCCCUGAUAAUGUGGUUACCAAAUCACUCAAGUCACUUCAAACCAAGAAAUUGAUAAAGGAGGUAGUGAACAUCCAAAAUAAAGGCAGAAAACACUAUAUUGCGACGGAGUUCGAACCAUCAAUGGAAAUAACUGGUGGGACUUGGUAUGCCGAGGGAAACCUUGAUACGGAGUUUAUAAACUUUCUGAAAAAACACUGUGUAAAGAUCAUUUAUGAACUGAAGGUUGCUACACUAGAGGGAAUCUUGGACACAAUCAGAAGGAGUAGAGCCUUCAAUGUUGAGUUCACAACACAACAAGUGGAAGAGAUAGUGAAUGCUUUGGUUUUGGACAACGAGAUAAUGGAGGUGAAGAGCAAUGGAAUAGGGGAGUUUGAUUCUAUUCCCGUUGGGAGAGUUUGUUAUACAUGCACAAGCAAAGGAGGCGAUACUGGGGAACCGAAGAUUGGGGCCUUGGCUUCCAUUCCAUGCGGAGUUUGUCCGCAGAUAAGUUUAUGUACACCGGAUGGCAUAAUUUCCCCAAAGACCUGUGUCUACUUCACCAAAUGCAGGUGCACCAUCACAAGGUGCACUAUCUGAUGCACCACUUGUGUCUUGGACAGCAGUUGCAGGCUGCGGAUUUCUUGGUGAAGUUUGUGAUUCCUUCUCAUGCAUCCCAAGCCGUAUGGCUGGAUAAACAUUCUUUGUAAUGUCUAAUUUUGAUGAAUAUGAAGAUGCUUUCCUGUCAAAAAAAAAAAAAAACCAUAUUUAUUCCAUUCUAGUGGAAUCCCUACGUGAAAUGGGUUUGUUGUAUUUUUAUUAUCAUACUAAUUUCUGGAUACUUCUGUUUGUUUGUUGGGAGAGGAAAUUUUGUUCUAUUAUCGGUUUAGUUACCAGAUAAUGAAACCCACUUGUAUGAAUUUAUUUUUC